CUACACAAAAAAUUAUUCCCAACCCAACUCCCUCAACGACCAUUCCACGCAUUGCCCAGCUCAGCAAGCUUUCCAACUCUAAGGAAACUGAAAUUCCCAUACUCUCUCUCUCUCUCUCUCUCUCUCUCUAAGCAACCUUGUAUUCCAAACCAUUCCAAGGUAAAAUAUCUUUUCCUCCUAUAAUUUCGAUUCCCAAUCUGCUGUUUUUGUUUGCUCACAAAAACAAAUAACGGAACUUCUGAGAUUCCCAGAUUUGUAACUUCGUUUCCCAAGUUCUGUUUUUUCAGUUUCCAAAUGGGUCUCUUAGGCACCAUGAACACGAGAGUUGGGCUCUUAUUUGUAUUAUUGUUGGGUGCUAGCUGGGCUUCUGAUGCUAGACAACUGGAGAGUGUAAGGAUCUCUAAAAUAUCAGUUUCCACAAAUGACAAUUUGUGCACAUUGUGUGAGGAGUUUGCUUCUGAGGCAGUUGAUUACCUUGCUGAAAACAAGACCCAGACCGAGAUUAUUGAAUUGCUUCAUGUGGCUUGCUCUAGUGUAGGCGUUUUCAAACCAGAGUGCAUCACUUUGGUGAACUAUUAUGCUCCUCUCUUCUUCUUAGAGGUUUCCAAUGUACAACCUGAUGUGUUUUGCCGAAAGGUCGAUCUCUGUAAACAAGUUGCAAGGAUUUCUUCUCAACUUCACGAAGACAGCUGUGGGCUUUGCCACCAUGCUGUUUCAGAAGUAUUAAUUAAGUUGAAAGAUCCUGACACACAGCUAGAGAUCAUUGAGUUGCUUUUGAAGGCAUGUAAUUCUAUGGAGAACUAUGUGAAAAAGUGCAAGAAGAUGGUUUUUGAAUAUGGACCUCUGAUCCUAGCCAAUGCUGAGAAAUUUCUGGAAUCGACAGACAUAUGUGUCACACUUCAUGCCUGCAAUUCGUCUAUAGAAACGAGCAAGGAACUAAAAGCAGCCCUGGUGUCUGAUUCUUAAUUAUGGCAUAACAAAUCUGGUGGAAUGACAAUGCAGUAGAGACUUGCUAUUUAUACUUUCAUUCUGAGAUGUGUGUGUAUAAUAAUACAAGGACAAAUGGUGUUUUUCAUGUACAAUAUAUGCUCAAAAAUUCAAAUGCUUGAAUGAAGAUUAUUUCAUCUUGCAA